UAAUGAAAUCUGAUACCACUUAUACAGUUGUGAUCUUGACAAAACUAUUUCGAUUGUGAACCGCAACCUUUAAACACGAACCAACUGAUUUCUACAGCCCACUAAAUUUAAUUUAAGGCCCAUUAAAGGCCUCAUAACAUUUUGAUAUGGUUUUUCGAAAGAAUAAUCUUAACCAAAUUCGAGAAGUUACGCGUCCUACUUUUCCCCUUCAUAUCUCUCUCUCUAUUUUACCCCUUUUUCUCUCCGUUAUCCGCUUUUUCCUCCUCCGCCGAUCUACGGCGGCGUAAUCUUUCUCCGAUCUCCGCCGAUCUUCGUAAUCCUUUUCUCUGUCUCCGCUCUAUCUAUGCCGUCGCCGAUACGCUCAGAUAUUAACCCGGCGACGUCUUUAUUCUACCUCCGAUCGCUUUUUUUAUUUAAUUCUCUUUGAAUUUUUUAUUUUAUUUUAAAAUUCUGAAUUUUAAAAGUUUUUUAUUUUAUUUUUUUGUCCGUAUCCGCUUAUUUUUCGCGACACUCAUGCGUUUGACGUUUUUCGCCUCAAAUUAAACUUGAAUUGACCAUUAUAACCCUGAUCUUUGUUUACCUGUCAUCCACGUGGGCAUAAGAUAAAGAAGCCAAAGAAAUGAAUCAAAACCACCACGCGCGUGAAGUACAGUCGCAUGGCGCGUCAAGAAAACGUAAGGAGACGGAGAGUGAUCCAAGAGCAACCGCACCGAACUGGCUACUGGCUGGCUACAUGGCACACGAGUACCUCACGUGCGGUACUAUGUUGGGCCGGAAGUUGUAUCCUGGAUGGGCCGAAGUUGGGCCGCACAUAGAAGCGAAAAAGGCUCAUCAGAGUUACUCUGAAGUGGCGACUGUGUUCAAAACAGAUGGGAACCAUGUCCCUGGUGUGGUUAACCCGACCCAGCUUGCUAAAUGGAUCCAGAUGUGAACUACAAUGCUAUCAUCAUCAUCAUUAUCAUCAUUGCCAUUAAGACAGAAGCUUUCAUUUUAAUUUUUGGCAUUUUAGUUUUUUUUUUUGUUAAUGAUAGUCUUGUUUGUGUGUCACACAAAAAGAUUUGAUAAAUAAUUGUAGACUUUGUUGUGUUUAUCGUGUUAUCAGCUAGUAAUAGUUUUUUCAGACGUCAUGAA